CUUGCCGUCCCCAGGCGGGUUUUGCUGCCUCAGAAGUAUGGAGGGUUGGCAGACAUUCUCCUGCCACCCAGCAUCGUGAAUGCCUGUCGCGAAGCAAGGGCCGCAGCAAAGAGCAUUGGCAGAGUGUUCCAUCUUGGCUCGCACAUGACCUGGUUCACUCCUGAGCGCAAUAUAUUGUCCUUUCCGCUGUCGACCAUCCGGCAGCCGAUUAGUUACCGGUGCAUCUUCGCCAAUGCAAAGGAGUUUCUCGUAGACAGCCUGCCCCUUCACAGCCCGUGGAGCUUGUUGGAGCAGAUCAUGCCCCUCUCCUCCACGGGGUCUGAUUAUCAAGGCCUCAAUACAAUAAUUCUCUCGGCUAGCCCGGUUAUCGUCAACAGCACGUGGGACCCUCAGGCAACCCAGGACAUAUUCGGGAACGAUGGUGUGAGAGUUGUCGACCUGCUGGACGAAGCCGCAGUUGUGGGCAUGUUGAAGCUCCUCGGACGUUUGCAAAGCCGGAAUUUCUGUCCCACCGAGAUCACAGCUUUCCGCGAGCAGCUUGAGUUCGAAGCAAGUCGAUGCUCUCUGUAUUGGCCAGAUUUCAAGUCAUGUUUCAUGGACGCCUGGCUGGGAGCAAAGCGGACUAUGAACUCGGCUUCUUUCCCCCAGACAGUGCAAACUGUGACGCCAGACGGCGAAGUGGUGACCGUGCCGAAAACAAGCUAUCGCUACCAGCACGGCAUUCCGUUUGAUCUCAUGCCGCCUAUAGACCACAAAGGUCGGUGGGGCAAGGCCAGUGACAUGGAGAGGCAGUGGCUGGCCGACAUGCCCAAGUUGCGGCCUGUGUUCACCUUCAUACUACCCGAUCAGGUUGAAAAGGGGCGUAUGUGGUUCCAUCGGUAAUAUCGAAGCAAAGUAGCCACAUCGCUCCAUAGGUGGCUAACCCGUAGA